UCAUAAACCUGAACCUCCCAAUUUUAGGUGGUUUGGCAGAUCCAUCUAACACUCACUUAUCCCCAUCAUCACCAUUAUUCACACACACCUACUAUUAAUUUCAAUUUUCCUUUUUCAAUUCGUUUACAUCUCCACCUUUUUCCUAUUUCCAUUUCCCAGACUCUCUCAUUAAAUACAGUUUUCUUCAAUUCGCCUCAACAAGCCUUCGGUUAUUGCGCUAUUAAAUCACACACCUUACAAAAAUUCGUCGCACUCAGUUGAAAUUCCGAAUCGCGGCUGCUGUGAUGGGGAAUUGCCAGGCGGCGGAGGCGGCGACGGUGGUGAUCCAGCACCCCGGCGGUAAGGUCGACAGGAUUUACUCGUCGGCGAGCGCUACCGAGGUCAUGAAUGCCAACCCCGGCCACUACGUCGCGCUGGUGGUGGCGGCGGAGAACGCAUCGCCGAUCAAGCAGCUCAAGCUCCUCCGCCCCGACGACGCUCUCGUGAUUGGACAAGUUUACAAACUCAUCAGCUUUGAAGAUGUGCUGAAGGAAUUUACUGCGAAUAAGAGUGUGAAGUUGGGGAAGUUGUUGAAGGAGAGAGGAGCUUUGGAGCGCAAGAGAAAUUCGAAUCCGCGAUCAGCUUCAGUUAAGAUGGAGGCGAGAGGUGGUGGCAGCUGCAGCAGAAGCGGCGCAGGACGGCCCAACACCGGCCGCCCUGGGCAGUGGAGACCGGCUUUACAGAGCAUUUCGGAGCAAGUGAAUGAAACAUCAAAUGUUAGUUGCUGAGUUCGUUUCCAAACUAGUGUCUAUGCUUUCGAAAAGACAUGUAAAAAGAUGAGAUUCAUGCUAAAGUGAGUUGAGUAGAACUUCAACCACAUGUAUCGUUUCAGAGCUUAUUGUGACGGGGAUAUAAUCUAUCGGUUUGUUUCAUGCAAACUUCUCAGCCUA